UCCCCCAAGGAGGCGAGGGGCGCAGCCCGGCCCCCGUAGGCUGGGAAGGAGGCAGACUGCUCCCGUUGCCUUCCGUUCAUCUGUGCCCCGCCUCUUCACUGUGCCUCGCGCUCCGAUCCGGAGCUGGGCGGGGCUGUUUCCUGAGGCAGGAGACCCCCCCACCCCUCGCAGCAGCGCGGCUGUUCCCUGUACUAGCCUCCCCUCCCCUCCCGCCUCAGGCGGGCUGUUCCCUGAACCAGGCGCUCCCCCUGGCGGGAGGGGCGGGGGCAAGGACUGUCCCGGCCGGCGCUGAUCUUAGGCUUCCAUUGGCCGCUGUCUGCGCUGACGUCACGAUCAUGAUGAGAAUUAAUGAUCGGAGGCGCUGAUUUCAUUGUGUGACGCCGGGACCGACCCAGCCGAAACCGGCUGAAUCCGGAGCCCCCCGGACCAACUCCGCCCGCCCCACAGAGCACGGGCUGGAUCCUGCAUUCCUUGGGCAACCAAAAUCUCCAAAUGAAUCUGCGUUCUGUAUUUACUGUAGAACAACAAAGGAUAUUACAGCGUUAUUAUGAAAAUGGAAUGACAAAUCAAAGUAAAAAUUGCUUUCAGCUCAUAUUACAGUGUGCACAAGAAACUAAGCUGGACUUCAGUGUAGUCAGGACUUGGGUUGGCAAUAAAAGAAGAAAGAUGAGCAGCAAGAAUGUUGCAGAAUCUGGAGGCACCCCACCCAGAACUGUUCCUAGCACCCCUACAGUGCCUCCAGAAGUAGCAGUCAGAAAUGUGGUAAACAUUGCUCGAUCCCAAAGCCAGCAGUCUUCUUGGACAUCAUCUAACAAUGAUGUAAUAGUAACUGGUAUAUAUAGCCCAGCUAGUUCAUCCAGCAGGCAGGGAUCCACGAAACAGACUAAUGCUUCAAUGACUGAGAUACAUAAAAACUCUAUUCAGAGACCACCUGGAAAAAGUGAUACAGAAUUUCAGCAGCAGCAUAUCCCUAUAGGACGACAAGCACCACAUUGUAAAGGUGCUUCGUUGCUCCUGGGGGAAAAAACUAUUAUUUUGUCAAGACAAACAAGUGUGUUGAAUUCUGCAAACUCCAUAUACAAUCAUACUAAGAAAAAUUAUGGUGGUUCAUCAGUCCAGACUGCAGAGUUAGUGUUACCUCAAAAGCCAAUAAUAUGCCACAGGCCAUGUAAAGCUGAACCAGUGGGGUGUCAGAGGUUACACAAACCAGAACACACAAGCCUUGCAUCACACAUCCCAUCUGGACAAAGAGCUAAUGUUCGAGACCCUUCUUGUAGCACACAAAACUUGGAAAUUCGUGAAGUUUUUUCCUUGGCAGUUACUGAUCAACCUCAAAGAAUUAUGGGAGGAAAUACAACACAGAAGCCUUGUUCAGUCGAAGGCAGUUGCCUGUCCAUUGCAAUGGAAACAGGAGAUGCUGAUGACGAAUAUGCUAGAGAGGAAGAGCUUGCAUCUAUGGGAGCACAAAUACAAAGUUAUUCAAGAUUUUGUGAAAAUAGCAGUUCCCUUCGAGUGGAGAACCAAAGCACAGCUUUGUCUGGACCAGGCAGAAAUGUGAGCUGCAGUUCACAGAUGGUGAAUGCCAGGGACUUGCCUGACAAUGUAUUAUAUCAUAACAGAGACUACCGCUUGCCUCCACGGACCUCAUUACAUACACCAUCCAGUACACUGUAUAGUAGUGCUAAUCCAUCAAGAAGUAACUUUUCUCCUCAUUUUACAUCUUCAAAUCAACUGAGGCUGUCGCAAAACCAAAACAACUACCAGAUUUCAGGAAACCUUACUGUGCCUUGGAUUACAGGGUGUUCCAGAAAAAGAGCACUACAGGACCGCACGCAGUUUAGUGACCGAGAUUUAGCCACUCUCAAGAAAUACUGGGACAAUGGCAUGACCAGCCUGGGCUCAGUCUGCAGAGAAAAAAUUGAAGCUGUUGCUGCAGAAUUAAAUGUUGACUGUGAAAUAGUGCGGACUUGGAUUGGGAAUCGAAGACGAAAAUAUCGUUUAAUGGGGAUUGAAGUCCCACCCCCUAGAGGAGGCCCUGCUGAUUUCUGUGACCAUCCUGAAUCUGGUGCUAAAUCAGCACUUACUCCAGGAGAGGAAACUGCUACUGAAGUGGGAGAUGAUAAUGAUAGGAAUGAUGAAGUAUCAAUCUGCUUAUCUGAAGGAAGUUCACAAGAGGAAACCAGUGAAGUUAUUCAAAAUGAAGAAAUUGGUCACAAAGAAGAGGACCAAAAUACAUUAUCUGCAGAUAAUGUGAAAAUCGAAAUUAUAGAUGAUGAAGAAAGUGAUAUGAUUAGUAAUUCCGAAGUGGAUCAGAUGAGCUCUCUUUUGGAUUAUAAGGUGCUCUAUAUUGUGAAGUUUUGUACAUAUUUCUCCCAGGAGUUUAAUGAACAGCAUAACCGUGAAAGCACUUUGUGUAAUGAAGAAGUUAGGUUCAUUGAAAAUGAAUUGGAGAAUCACAAACAGAAAUAUUUUGAACUACAGACAUUCACGAGGAGCUUGAUACUUGCUAUCAAAUCAGAUGAUAAAGAACAGCAGCAGGCACUGCUGUCAGAUUUACCUCCUGAAUUAGAAGAGAUGGAUUUCAAUCACGCAUCUCCAGAGCCUGAUGAUACCUCAUUCAGCUUGUCGUCUUUAUCAGAGAAAAAUGCCUCGGACAGUUUGUGAUCUUUGGAGAAAAAUAAUAUAUAUACGCACACACAAUGCUUAGACUGCCUAACAGGUGUGCAUUUCAAGAUAACUGCAUUUUGUUACCUGAUAUCAUUCAGUCAACAAGAACCUUGGUAAACUAGGCAGACCUUGCUGAAGGGUGAAUGUGAUGUGAUAUGACUGCAACUUGCGGUGACAAGGAAUAUGGAACUUUGUUUUUGGCAAGUGAGAAAGCUACAUGGGAAAAAGUUUUAGUUUUUAGCAUCACCGCCUUGAUUAGGGUCAUUUAUAAUUUUCCAAAAUAAUUCUUGCUUUGUAGCAAAAUUUAUUCUGAGCAGGGAUCCAAGAAUGGAAAAUAAAUGUGCAGUUACACAGCCAGGUAACAUUUCAACGUUGCUUAUCAUGUAAGACUCACCAGUCCUGUUUAUUGUGACCAUCGCCUUUUCCCUUGCUCCUUCUUACUCAGGUAGGUGGACUGAAAAUUGGGAAUCCAUAUGGAAAAAUGAGCUUGUUAUGGGCAAAUGGACAGAGUUGUUCUUGGACCCCUGAAAAAAUCUGAAUUAAAAGAUUGAUCUAAGGUGCUUAUUGGUAUAUAAGUGCAAAUUGUUGAGUCUCCCAUUAUCUCCUAAAAAUGUCUGAAAAACACUUGGAAGACGAAGUGAAUAAAUUUAAUUGGCUUCAAUAAAUUACUAAUGUACAGAAGCAGAUCUAAAUGUUGUAAACCAUUAGGCUUUUACUGGAAACUCUUGAUUGCUGGAGAAGGCAACUGUUUCUGGUAUUAUUACUAUAGUGAUGGGAUUAGAUAAAGUUACACCAAUAUUUAGCGUUUUACCGUCAGAGUGGUUUUUUUUAUUUCACUUCGUUUUAUAAAACCUGAACAGUAAAGGCUCUGGUUCAUAAAGAUUCAGGAAUCAGCUACAUAGAUUUUCUACAACCAUACUCCAUUUCAUUGCAACAGUGCUGUCAGCCAAGGACAGUCUUCAUCCUGUCUCCCUCCGAAGCUGUUUUAGUGUUGGAAUCUGGGCCCCACAAAUUUCCUCAGAGUGAUUCAAUGACUAAUUAGCCCAAUUUAACACAUUUGUGUCAUUCCGCCAGCAGACUCCAGGUGCUGACAAAGAAUAAAUUUAGCUGAAGUUUUUAAACUGCAUGCCUGAUAGCUUUAGCCACUCUCUGCUAACUUAUCCUUUCUCAGCACUCAUUCAUACUAAAUCUCACAUCUCAUUUGAAUAAAUACGUUCACCUUGACAGAUUCAAAUAAGUUCAGGAUGGUACAUAGUAUUGUGGCAUACAGCUAGAACUUGGUCAUUUCUAGUCUGAGUAUUUACAAACCGGCCUCACUAAACCUUAGGUCACACCAGCUUGAGAGCUAAAUUCUUUCACCCUUAUGCUGAAUGGUACCUUAUUCUGUGAGUAGUGCCACUGAGACUGUUUACUGUAUAAUGGGAGUAAGGUUUGAACAAUCUGGUCUUUCUAAAUAAAAACAGUCUUAAGUGUCCAAAAAGAGGAAAAUCCAUGCAGAGUUUGCACCCUCUGUCCAUCUUCUCUCUUAAACUGAAUUCCUAUUCCCAGGUGUUAAAGAAACUGCUGUCAGCACUUUUUCUGAGGGACAAAUGUAUUCUAUCAUAAAUAUGGUGUUAAUGUAUUAACUUCAUUCCAGCCCUAAAUCUGACAGUCAUUUCAACCCCGUACUGUGAGAAACGAUCACUGUACUGUAUUUAAAUAUAUUAUACAUUUAAUUUACAUUACUAUACACCCUAAGAUAAUAGGCGUGAUUUAUCAUAGGUUUUCUGCUCUGGGUUAUUAACUGUACUAUCUCUAGAUAGGAAGAUCCUGCAACUGACAAUAAAACCUCAUGUUUUCAGUAAGCUUUAUUGAAGAAAUUUAAAAUGUGGUGUCUAGCCCUCAUGCUCCACAACUUGGACCUUAAUUCCGUUACUUCUCCUUGACAUGGGAUGGCAAAAGGCAGCAUCUUCUUAAAGCUAAUUCUUAAUUUUGUGGUCUAUGAAUCGUUUUGCAAUUUUACCUUUUACACUAGUAGCCAAGUAGAAUUUUAUCACUGCCAAGAGUAAUUUUGUAUUGUUCUGACUUGCUUUUUUCCUGACAUGACAUCAAACUAAAUCAGGAAGUUCAGAUUGGAUGAACUGUGCCAAAAAUAGACCUUUACUCAGUAAACUAGAAUCCUGGUUCAUGAUAUACACCUAAAAUCCUAGGCUCCACACUCCUUGGGUAGAAUCUGUACUGAGUGUUUCCCUUUGAGCAAAAUAUGCUUUGACUCUUUCUUCAAUAUAGGAUAACAGAGCAUUUAUAAUAAAAUAGUCAUGCUGUCACAUCCAGAAACGAUCAGCAGCAACGUAGGAUGAUCAAGAAGAAAUAUUGAAUAUGAAGUAUGUUCCUAUGUAAUAAGAUGCUCUAUAGAGCUGUAUUGUACAGUUGUUUGAGUACCUCCGUGCUUCUCCUCUAAAUAACCUUCAUCCAUAAUACCUGCAACAUGAAAAAACAAAACAAAAAACUCUUAAUGGUGAGUUAUUACCAGUGCUAGUUAAAAAUAUUGAGGAAAUAUAGAUUUACAGGACAGAGGCUGCAGAACAGCAGACUUGCUCUUCUACUGCACAGUAUGGUAAAAACUUGGAAGAAUAAUUAUCUUUGAAAAUCAUGAAUGGCCAUUUCUGAAUAUUGCAUUCCAGCCAUUCUCUGUCACCACACGUGUCUCACGGCUUCAUGAUUUGAUGUUCUGUUCUCCAGAAAGACAGCUAGAUAUAAUAAUUAAGUUCACAGGGUCAGAUCAGUAAACAUGACAUCAACAAGUCCCCCUAUGUCUCUGUCCAAUUCUUCAUUUGCUGCCCCCUUCCUCUUGUUUAGGCAUCUGGUUGGGGAGCAGUGCUGGUCUAGGAAAGUGCACACACUCUUCAUAUUAAAUGUUUGUGGAUGGUAAGAGUGGAAGGUGCUUCUGCAGUUCUGCGAUCAAACACAGGGCUAUGGUCUUGGCUAAAUUCAGUCCUGACCUCAAUGGGUGCAUCUUCUAUUGACUUAAAUAAUAGGGAAUUGUGACCAUGGAAGAUAGGGCAGAAUUUGGUCCUAUGACCUCAUAUUGUCCAUCCAUACUUCCAGCUAAAUUUGUCAUGAUAGCUAGCUGAUAUGUGUCUAAUGCCCAGAAGAGAACACCUUGAUGUUUGUCUCCUGAAUGAAUUCUAGGUAUUCUUCAGCUGACAAAAAGCAAUGUUGGCUCUGUUGAUCUUGGACAUUUUUAGGAUUUUGGUUUACAAUUAUUUCCUCUGUUCAAAGGUAGAUAAAGAAAUACAUUAGAUGCUAAAUCAUCUUCCACUGCACUAUAGAUUGCAAGGAGGAUUUAUUUUUCCAUAAAAAAUGGGAGAAAUAAUCACAGCUGGUACUAUUGUACCACAGAGGAAGCAUUAAAAAGCAGCCAUUUCACUUCUUUGGAUCAUAAAGUUAAACAACAGAUACAGCAAGAGUGCCAUGAGUUAAAGAACCGUCCAUCAACCUCCUGCUUGGUCAGUGAGGGAUGACUUCACAGACAUUGUUUAUUCCUGACACAUGUUUUGCAAUGUGGAUUAUAGAAGAGAGUAUCCUACUUGGAGAAAGCCUAACUUGAAAAAAGGCAAUUGAUAAGAGACAUGCAUUUUAAACCAGCAAUAAGGUGCUAUCUCCCUGUAGGGAGAAAUGAAAGUAUGUCUCAUGCUCAUCAACUUGCUAUACAUAGGGAAAGUUGUACCCUUGAGGUACUGCUUGUCUUAAUUUCCUGAAAAUGUUUCCUGUAUUGCCUGCAGGGCUAACAGGAGUGAGUAGUAAUGAAUAUUUCUAGUCAGUAAAUUAAGCAGAUAUGGCUUUAAAUACACAUGGAGAACUGAUCUAUUGAGAAGGUUUUCCUUUUCUUAAGUAGUCACUUUUGAGAUUAGCAUUGGACUUUAAUAUUAAAGUACCUUUUGUGUGACCGAAGUCAGUAUUCAGAUAAGAAAAACAAGAGCUUUACAGCUCCUUGGAGACAAAGUGGGGAGCAAAAUAAGGAGAUAAACCAAAAAUGUAACGUGCCAUUUUAAAUUUGAAGCAGUUCAUCACCUCUACCCACCAAAUGAAGAGAUAGUAUGGGUGUCAUAUAACAAUGCAGUUAUAUAAUCAGAAUUAUAUGGCAGGAAUAUGUGUGGUGAAAAGCUUAUUGUGGAACUUACUGCUGCAAAGUGGUCACCCAUCUAAUAACAGAACUGUACUAUUGUUACCAUAUUAGUAAGGAUUAACCCUUAAAAACUAGUUGGGUGCACUGCCUUUCCCAUCGGCACUUAGCCACAGCAGAUUCUCACUUUCGGGAUUCUGAUGGCAUGAGGAAAGAAAAUAAUACACAUGAAUGGAAAAUUAAGCAGACCAUCUGAAAAAUCAAAAUUUAGUUUACUGAUAACAUUACAACCAAAAGCUUAGUUUACUGUAUUAUACUACCUCCAGUUCCACUGCCCAGAUCUGUCAGCAACAACCCAAUUAUACGAUAGGCUGGCUGGCUUAUAGAGGGUCUGGCAUCUUGGAAGCAUUCUUUCAACUUUAAUAUGAGGUUCUGCUUUCUUUGUCUAAAAAUCCAAGAUUGCAUGAGUUAAUCAGUUAUCAAAUUUCCGAUCAAAGUCAGAAAAUGGCUGGAACAAAAUCUCGGACCAACUACUCAUCAGAAGGCAUCAAUGCCACCUCUUGGCAUCUGAUUUGUCCAGCCAAUUAAUAUUUUACCACACUGGCUGACCAAAUUUUGCAGCCUCAAAAAAGCUAUGGGCAAAAAACUAAAUUAUACCAGAAGACUGGAACAGUCUUUGGCAGAUUGCACUGUACCACAUUUCACCAAAGCAGAAUCCACAGUAUUACUCAGAAUCUGUUUCCCUGUGAGCAAAAAUGGCUAGCAUUCCGCUUAAAGGAUGCGAGAUAUAUUUAAAAAAAAAAGUGAUUUAACAAAAAAGCAAAUAUCUAAUCAAGAAAUGUUAAAAGAAUGUUCCUUUAAGGAGAAU